AUGGUGAUGUUCAAGAAGAUCAAGUCUUUCGAGGUGGUCUUUAACGACCCCGAAAAGGUGUACGGCAGUGGGGAGAAGGUGGCUGGUCGGGUGAUAGUAGAAGUGUGUGAAGUCACUCGAGUCAAAGCUGUCAGGAUCCUGGCUUGCGGAGUGGCCAAAGUCCUGUGGAUGCAGGGAUCCCAGCAGUGCAAGCAGACGUUGGACUACCUACGCUACGAAGACACGCUUCUCCUGGACGACCAACCAGCUGGUGAGAAUGAGAUGGUGAUCAUGAGACCUGGAAACAAAUAUGAAUACAAGUUCGGCUUUGAACUUCCUCAGGGGCCUCUGGGAACAUCUUUCAAAGGAAAAUAUGGGUGUGUGGACUACUGGGUGAAGGCUUUUCUUGAUCGCCCCAGCCAGCCAACUCAAGAGACAAAGAAAAACUUUGAAGUGAUGGAUCUAGUGGAUGUCAAUACUCCUGAUUUACUGGAACCUGUGUCAGCUAAAAAGGAGAAGAAAGUUUCCUGCAUGUUCAUACCUGAUGGGCGGGUGUCUGUCUCUGCACGAAUUGACAGAAAAGGAUUCUGUGAAGGUGAUGAGAUUAACAUCCAUGCUGAUUUUGAGAAUACAUGUUCCCGUAUCGUGAUCCCCAAAGCUGCCAUUGUAGCCCGCCACACUUACCUUGCCAAUGGCCAAACCAAGGUGCUGACGCAGAAGUUGUCAUCAGUCAGAGGCAAUCAUAUUAUUUCCGGAACCUGUGCAUCAUGGCGUGGCAAGAGCCUUCGGGUGCAGAAGAUCAGGCCUUCUAUCUUGGGCUGCAAUAUCCUGCGAGUUGAAUACUCCUUACUGAUCUAUGUUAGCGUCCCUGGCUCCAAGAAAGUCAUUCUUGACCUGCCUCUGGUUAUUGGAAGCAGGUCAGGCCUCAGCAGCCGGACGUCCAGCAUGGCCAGCCAAACCAGCUCUGAGAUGAGUUGGGUAGACCUGAACAUCCCAGAUACCCCAGAAGCUCCUCCUUGCUAUAUGGAUAGCAUUGCUGAAGAUCACCGGUUGGAGAGCCCCACUACUCCUCUGCUAGAUGACACAGAUGGUUCUCAAGACAGCCCUAUUUUUAUGUAUGCUCCGGAGUUCAGGUUCAUGCCACCACCUACUUAUUCUGAGGUUGAUCCCUGCAUCCUGAACAACAAUGUGCAGUGA